GCUUUUUUGGUAUUUUCCCCCCUUUCUUUUUCCUUCUUUUCCCUUUACAAUAUACCCUCUUUAUAAAUAUGACUGAUAAAAAAGUAAGCAAACGAAUACCUAUAGAAUCAUGGAACCAACUAUCUUCUUAUGUCUUAUCACCACAUACAAAAUAUACUAUGGUUACCAUGGCUUCCUACAUGACGAUGUGUACUGUGGCGUUGGUGGUAAUAAGCUCUGUGUUUUGUCUAUUCUUAUUUGUGACCUUGGUGGAUGAUGUUUUACGUAUUGCUGCUCCACAUCGUGUUUGGACAUUUACAAAGAAUCGAUUUCAAUUGGAUUGGCCUUUUAUGGUUGGCAAACUUAGUGAACAACUGACUUAUCUUGCUGAAUGGGAAAAACAGAAGCGCACUUCUUGGUACAAUCAUCAACAACAUCAAUAUAAUUCCUUCUCAGGUACAAGCUUUGCAACCAAUCAAGAUGAUACCUUUCAUGAUAUAUUAUUUACUAUCACCAGAUACCUCAACAAUUAUGUCCAUACUCAUUCCAAAAAAGUUUAGUGAUGAAUCCUAUUUUUUUUUUUUGAUGGGGUUAAUGUCAUUCAAUUAGAAAUAGAUUUUAUUUUUUUUUAUCAAUAAAAGAAAAAUGAAAAUCACAUGUUUAUUUGUUUUGUUAA